AGUCAGUCAGUCAGUGGUUGGCGUGUAUCGUCGUGUUUUGCAUAUAUACAUACAUAUAUAUAUAUAUACUUUUAUGUAUAUAUACACACCUAAUGACACCUUGGUGAUGAAAAGUGUCAAGUGUUGUGACAAGGACCAGUCAAAAUAAUCAGAAUAGAUAGUUGAAAAAAAAAAUAGAGAACAUGUGGUUAACGGCGUGUGUCCUUUUCUUGGUCACAUUACAUGCCAGAGCUCUGAUUGAAAUCGUGGAUAGCGUGGAAGGUGAAAGUUACUCUAAAUAUCUACAAUCACCUCCACUUAUAACAAAACAACCACCCACGGGCGAAUUACUCUUUCAAGUGGCUCAAGUCAACAAAAAUGAAAAUGAAAAACCCUUUUUAAUCGAAUGCGAGGCCGAAGGUGAACCUGCACCAAGAUACAAAUGGAUAAAAAAUGGAAAAAUGUUCGAAUGGCCCGCCUAUGACGAUCGAAUUUCCCAACAAACGGGUCGUGGAACCCUUGUAAUUUCAAGGCCACGCGAAGAAGACAUGGGACAAUAUCAAUGUUUCGCUGAAAAUGAAUGGGGACGUGCAACGUCAAAUUCAGUAUUUGUACGUAAAACUGAAUUAAAUGCAUUUAAAGAUCAAGGUCGACAAACUAAAGAAGCCGAAGAGGGUAAACCAUUUCAUUUGACUUGUCAACCACCAGAUGGUUGGCCAAAACCAAGUGUUUUUUGGUUAAUACAACAUGCAACCGGUGCAACUGUAAAUACAAUAAAUAAUACACGUAUGACAAUUGAUCCCGAGGGUAAUCUUUGGUUUAGUAAUGUGACAAAAUUUGAUGCAAGUGAAAAUUCUUAUUAUACAUGCGCAAUUUAUUCUGAAGUACGUAAUGAAUAUAAAUUGGGAAAUAAAGUUCUUCUUCAUGUAAAAAGUACAUCGGCGUCGGCAACACAAAAUAAAUAUGCACCAGUUAGUCAAUAUUUGAGUAGAAAAAAUGAGGUUGCAUUUCGUGGUGGUAAAUUGGAGCUCUAUUGUAUUUUUGGUGGUACACCAUUGCCAGAAAUUGUUUGGAGUAAAAAUGGAAGGCGCAUUGGAUUAAGUGAACGUGUGACGCAUAAAAAUUAUGGUAAAACAUUGGUGAUUAAAACGGUGAUUUUUGACGAUGAGGGAAUUUAUACGUGCGAGGCGUCAAAUGGAGUUGGCAGUGUUAUUUCGCAUUCAAUGAAACUUGAAGUGCAAUCUGUGCCCUAUUUUACUGUUGAGCCGGAAAUUCAAAGCGCUGCCGAAGAAGAGACUGUUGAAUUUAGAUGCGAAGCAAGUGGCGUUCCAAAACCACAAAUAAAUUGGAUCUACAAUGGAAAGCCAAUUGAAGAAGCUGAAUUAAAUCCACGAAGAAGAGUGUUACCAAAUAAAAUAAUAAUUGAACGUUUAACUAAAAAAGACACGGGUAAUUAUGGUUGUAAUGCAACAAAUUCCCUUGGCUAUGUUUACAAGGAUGUUUAUGUAAAUGUACUUGCAUUAGCGCCAGAAAUUCGUAAUCCACCAACAGAUGAAGUUGUUGUCGAUGGUAAAACAACAAAAAUGACAUGUCAAGUAUUUGGUGCACCAAAACCUGAAGUAAAAUGGAUACGAAAUGGACAAGAAUUAACUGGUGGUAAAUAUAAAAUAGAAUCAACUGGCGAUUUAGUUAUUGAAAAUGUUGCAUUUAAUGAUGCCGGUGAAUAUACAUGUCAUGCUGAAAAUAAAUUCGAUAAAGUUGAAGCAUCAGGAAUAUUAACAGUUAAAGAGCAUACAAAAAUAACUGAUGUACCAAUUGAUUAUGAAGUUUAUGCCGGUGCAACGGCAACAUUUCGUUGUAAUGCGGUAACUGAUUCAAGUUUAACAUUACAAAUUGAUUGGCUGAGAAAUGGACAACCAUUAGAUUUUGAAAGUGAACCACGUUUUGUACAGAGUUCAGAUUUAUCAUUAUCAAUAUUGAAAACAUCUGAAUUGGAUACGGGUGAAUAUACAUGUGUGGCAAGAACUGAAUAUGAUGAGGUACAUGCGAAAGCAACAUUAAUUGUUCAAGAUGCGCCUAAUCCACCAAAAUUGGAAUAUGUACGUUGUCAUCCGCGUGACGCUGAAAUCUCAUGGAAACCAUUGGGUGAUAAUCGUGCGCCUAUAUUGGGUUAUAUUGUUCAAUAUAAUACAACAUUUACACCUGAUGUUUGGAAAAAUUCGAGGGAUUUUAUUCCGGCUGCCGAUCGUACUAUUAGCGUUCCAAUGAGUCCAUGGGCUAAUUAUACAUUCCGCGUUAUUGCUUGGAAUAAAAUUGGUAAAUCGGAUCCAUCGCAUCAUAGCACGGAAAUUUGUACAACACAACCCGAUAUACCUGAUAAGAAUCCGGACAAUGUUGUUGGUAAGGGAACAUCACCGACAAAUCUUGUUAUUACUUGGACAGUAAUGCCGCAAAUAGAGCAUAAUGCACCACGAUUUAUGUAUCAAGUUCAUUAUCGACGUGAUAUUCCGGGUGAGAAAUGGAUUAUUGAAAAUAUCAACGAUUGGAAAAUAAAUCGACUACAGGUCGAUCAACAACAAACUUAUCAACGUUAUCGAAUGAAAGUUGGUGCUAUUAAUGAAAAAGGUGAAUGCCGAGUACAACCUAAAGAAGUUAUUGGAUAUUCCGGAGAAGACGUUCCAACACAAGCGCCGGGAAAUUUCUUAUUGGAACAAGUGAAUUCAAGUACGCAGGCAAUUCUUUCCUGGAGUCCAGUACCACCAGAAAGUGUACGCGGUGAAUUAAUUGGAUAUAAAAUUCAAACAUGGACCGAUAAAGACGGCGAGGAUAAAAUGAGGGAAAUUAAUGUUCGCGGGGCAAAUACAACUCGAACACUUGUCACUAAAUUUGUGCCCUAUAGUAAAAAUUUCGUUCGAAUUUUAGUCUACAAUGGAAUAUUCAAUGGUCCACCUUCGGAGACAUUGACAUUUAAUACACCGGAGGGUGUUCCGGGAACUGUUUUAAGUCUCGAGGCAUUCCCAAUGGGAUCGAGUGCAUUCUUUUUAAAAUGGACAAAACCCGCUGAACCAAAUGGAAUUUUAACUGGCUAUCGAAUUUAUUAUCAAAUUGUGAAUGGAACGAGACUUGAGCCCGAAUUAGAGAGAAGGCCAAAAGUCAAUGAUCCAUUGGCAGUGAGUGCAAAACUCGCGACAUUGAGACCAGAAACUAAAUACAGAAUUCAUAUUCGUGCAACAACCAACGCAGGAGAAGGAAACAACUAUUUCAUUGAACAAACAACGCAAAGAUCUCAAAAGCCAGACGUUCCUUAUUUCACAUGGCAAACAAUUCCCCAGGAGAAUGGAUAUUCAACAGUUAAAUUAAUUUGGCAAUUGAAUUAUAAUGGACAUCCUGGAAGUCAUUUUUUUGCCAAAUAUAAAUUACGAGGCGAAACAAUUUCAUUGCAAACGGAUCCUGAAUAUUACUCCCAUGAAACAUAUGUUGUUGGACUUUUAAGUGGUGAAACGUAUACAAUAUCAAUUGUAGCUGUAGAUGGAAAAUAUAUAACGGAAAGUGAUCCUCAAGAUAUUGAGACGACAAAUGAGGGACCAAUGAUACAAGCUAAGGAAAAUGUAGCGACUGCUGGAUGGUUCAUUGGUAUGAUGCUUGCAAUUGCAUUCCUACUGUUCGUGUUGAUAAUUGUUUGUGUAAUUAAAAGAAAUCGUGGUGGCAAAUAUGCGGUUCACGAGAGAGAAUUAGCCGCUGGUCGCGGUGAUUAUCCCGAAGAGGGUGGCUUCCAUGAAUAUUCCCAACCGCUGGAUAAUAAAUCCGAACGCGGAAGAGCUUCCCUCGCCUCAUCAGCUCAACAAGAUGGCAAACAUCCCGAAUCUGAUACUGAUUCAAUGGCCGAAUACGGAGAAGGCGAUACAGAAGGUAUGAACGAGGAUGGAUCAUUUAUUGGUCAAUAUGGUCGUCAAAGGAAACCAGGACCGAAUUCGCAAGCAUUCGCAACUUUAGUGUAAGGUCGCUUUACCGAAGAUGGUUCUUUUAUUGGACAAUACGGUCCAAAAGGCAGACCAGAAGAAACGCCAUCAAUUCCAACUGGGACAAUAGCAACUUACGUUUAACCUUCAUCUCUGCCAGAAAAUUUCGAAUUCUCUCUCCCAAUUUUUUUAAAUUGAGAUUUCGUUAUUUAUAUAUAUAUAUUUAUAAUUAAGAAUUCAGCACAAUUCGCCUGCAGCUACUAAGAAAAAACAACAACAAAAAUGUAAGCGUUUUGCGCUGGGCGCAACGUCCACUCUUAUACUGCCAAUUAGAAUUCACUUUUUGGCUUUUUUUUUAGUUGACUCGAGGUGAGUGGAAAAAAAUUUUCAAUUUUUCAAAAAUGCUUUCAAAAAUCUAAUCGGAUGAAAUUUUUUAACAACAAAAUUUUCUAGAAUAAAAUUUCGGAAAAUUAAUUUUUCCUUAAUGGAAUUUUUUUUUUCAAUAUUUUGAAAAUUUUUUUUCAAUGAAAUAUUGGAAAUAGUUUGAUCACGCAAAAAAAAAAUGUCUCUUCGAGUCUUCUAAAAAAAUCCGAAUUGUCUUUUUAGAUGUUUCACAUACACACAUAUAUAUAUAUAUAGCGCGCUAGCUAUUAAUCCAGAAAUGAAAAAGAAAAACGGUCUCGUGAAGAAGAAAAUUUAAAAAAAAAAGAAAGAAGCGCUCGACAUUUUUUUUUUUCGACAAUUCGUUAAAAUUUGACAAAAGAAAUAAUUUUUGAGAAUUUUAAAAAUAUAUAACAAUAUAAAUAUAUAUAGAAGAAAUUAUAAUUUAAAACACAAGAUUUUAAAAAUCUUUAAAAAUGAAAAUUUUAGAAAAAAAAACCCGGUUUUUUUAAAUCUCAAGAAUCUUAAAGAUUAGAGACAAUUUUCCAAGGAAAUGAAAAAAAAGAAAUUUAAAAUAAGAUUUCAAAAAAUCUUUAAAUUAUUGAAUGAUGGUAUAUUUUUUGUUUUUUUUUUUAAUUUUUUUAUUGCAAAAUAAUACGUUGAGAAUGUGUUUUAAUAGUGAAAUUAAAUUUUGAAUUUCAUUUAUAAUAAAAAUCGCGUAAAAUAUCGAAAAACUAAAAAUAGAAAAAUAUUUAUUUAGACAGAAACUACGGAAUUAAUUACAGAAAAAAAAUUUUUUUCGGUUAAAAUUUUUUUGCAAUGAAAAUAGAUUUCAAAAAAUCGAACUAAUAUUUUUUUUAAAAGGGAUUUUGACCAUUAUUUUUUAAAUUAAUUAAUUAAUUAAUUACAGAAAAAAAUUCUUUUUUUGGGUAAAAUUUUUGCAUUUUGGAAAAUAGAUUUAAAAAUUUUUUAAAUGAAACGAAUUUAAGGGAUUUUAACCAGAAUUUUUUUUUUUAGAAAACAAUUUAAAAAUGAAGGAUUAAAAUUUACCGAUUUUUCUAAAUAUCUAAAAAAUAUUAAAUUUAGAAAAAAAGAAAUUUCAAAAAAGUUCGAAAAAAAAAACAAUUCUGCAAAAAAUUAAAAAAAAAAAAGAAAUAUUUUUUUUAAAAAAAGUCGAAGAAACUCGAGCGAAGAUCAAAAAAGUAGUGAAAAAAAAGGAAGCAAAUUGAAAAAUCCAAAUAUCAAAAAUUCGAGCGCGUCUUUUUUUCACCCCACCCCACAACAAAUUUCGAGAAAAAAAUCGAUUUUCGUAAAAAAAAAAGAAAAAAAAAAAGCGUAUUUUUUUUUCUUCUCUCGCUCUCUUUUUCUCACACACUUUUUUCCCCGGCCAGACAGCGAUCGCGCCUGCUUCUUUACAGGGUAACCUCGUUAUGUUUGUGUCGUUUUAAAUAUGUAUGCAAAAAAAAAAAAAAAAAAAAAAAAAACCCUCUUUCGAAGCACUCAAAAAAAAUUCCAAAAAAUAUAAAUUUUUUUUUGAUAGCUUCAAAAGUUGAGUUUGAAAAAAAAAGAGUAGCGACGCCGUCUGGCCCCCUUGAUGACUGAAAAAACUUUUAAGGAACAAAUAAUAAAAAAAAAGCACAAAAUGUGACAAAAUAAUUCAACUUUUUAAUCUAUUAUAAUAAUAAUAAUAAUAAUAUUUAAAUUUAGCGAGAGACUAGAGACGCGAGAUAAAGAGAUAAUAUUAUCUAUUGAUAUGAUAUUGAGAAAAAGAUUAUUGUAAAUGCACUAUUAGUAGUUAAUGAAAGAAAAGGAAAAAAAAAAAAAGUGAGAACACAAGGCCUCUAAUCGUUGCUUUUUGUACGUGAAAUGCGCUUUUGGGAAAAUAAUUUUUUUUUUUUUUAAAUCUUUUGUCUUCUUUUCGGGUUUUCUUUUUUUUGAAAAAUAUAUAUUUUUUUUUUUUUUUUUGAAUUUUUUAUUUUUUCUUUUACAUUAUCGCACGAUCGAUGUAGUGUUUUUUCAUCGGUGCGCGAGACGAUUUUCUCUCCUCUUUUCAAUUUUUAAUGAAGAAAAACGUCUCGACGCAACCGACGCGAUGUAAUUAUGAUAUAUAUAUAAUUAUUUAAUAUAUUGAGCAUUGAAUAUAUAUAUAAAGAUAUAUAUUAUAUAUUAUAUAUAUUAAGAAAAAAAAAAGAAAAAAAAGUAAAAAAAAAAACUAAAAAUCACGAAUCAUUAGGCAACUAUUUAAUUUUAAGGGUGUUACUUGAUUUGCGAUUGGGCUACGGCUCUCGAUUUGCCUUGAAAAUAAAAUUUAAAAAAAUAUUUUUUCGAGACGCGUAAAUAUUUCUCAAUUUUUGUUUUUUUGUAUUUAGCGAAAAUUUUUCUUUUUAAAAUUUAUUAUUAAUAUUAAAGCACAAAAUUAUUAUUUUUAAUUUAAUAAAUUAAUAUUUAAUUAUUAAAAUUUGUAUUAAUAUUUCUCAAAAAUUUAUUAUUUAUUAUUUAUUAUAAAUAUAAACUAUAGUUUUAAAAUUUUUUUUUUGGUGAAAAUUUUUUCAAAAUAAAAUUAUUAAUUUUAAAUUUGUAAAAAAUUUAAUUUUUUUGAUAAAAAAAAAAAAAAUUAUUAAAUUAGAAAACAAAAAAAUUAUUUUUUUCCCCUAUUGAAAAAUUUUCGUAAACAAUCAAAAGUAGUGAAACAAUAUUUUUGAGAAAUAUUUCCGCGUUUGGAUAUUAUUUUCCAAUUUGGAAAUUUUACGCUAUUAUUAAUAAUAAUAAUACUUUUAUUAUUAUUAUUAUUACUAUUAUUAUUAUUAUUAUUGCUAUUGCUAUUACUAUUGAUAUUUGUAAUAAUUAUUGUUCAUUGUAGGAGUUACGAAAAUUAAUUAAUAUUUUAAUUAAUUAAGAAAUGAUUAUUAUUAGUAUAAAUAUUGAAUUUUCGCAGCAGAUCGAGGACGAAACUCGUUCGACAAAUCGAACACAUUUUCCUAUCAACGAAUAGAUAUUAAAAUGAAUCUCAAAAAAUACAAAAAAAAAAAAAAUUUUUUUUUUUACUUAUAUAAAUAUUAAUAAUAAUAAUAAUUGUCGAGCGAGUUUCCGUGAUAAAAAGGAAAAAAAAAUUGUACCUCUACGAGAGCGGAAGUUGGUAUCCAAUGCCUAAAAAAAAAAACAAAACUCUUUUCCUCGCGUAAACUUCCAGUAUUUUUGUACGAGUGAUUCUUUUUUUUUUUGCGCACUUUCCCCGACAAUUUUUUUUUCCGAUUUUUUUGUUCUUUAAUUUUUCCUUCGUUUUUUUUUUAUAAACUUUUGUUUUUGAAUAAUAGACAAAGAGAAUUGAUGCUUUUUUUUGAGAAUUCUCUUUUUUAUUGGAGAAAAAUGUAAUUACUAUGCGUACAUUCUUUUUUCUAAUUUCUGUAGGAAUUUGCGAUUUAUUUUAUUUUUAAUUCUGGAUGAAAAAAAUUUUUUUUUUUUUGCACUGCGUGCAUUUUCAUUUGUAAAAUAUCUUUUUUUUUCUUUUUUAAAAAAAAUUAGUUUUUAAGAAAUCGUCGACUCGUCUUGUUGAGGGAAAAAAAAUUAAUGGAGCUGUGCUUUAAUAUUUUUUUUUUUGCUCUAUAUAUUUUUUUUUUAUUGCAGCUCCUGAAAUUUUUUUUCAAUCUGAAGACGAUCAAAUUUUUUCUACAAAGUAGAUUGCAGCUAAUAGAGUAUCCCAUUAAAAAGGGAUCAUAAAAAUAGUAACUGAAAGUACAUUUUUUUUUUGAAAAAAAAAACAAAAAAGACGUUAACGAGAAGCAGCUUUUGUAUUUUUAUUUUUUAAAAAAAGGAAAUAAUGUGUAAAAAAAAAUGGUAUGAUUGUGUUAUAGGUUUUUUUUGUGGGGGGGAAAUUUAAGUAUUUAGAUAACUAUAAUUUAUAAUUAAGUAAUAGUCAUAUAUAUAUAUUUUUUUUAAUUAAUAUUUUUUUGAAUUUCACUUUAAAUUAAUUAUAUUUAAGUGAUGAUAUUUAUUUGAAUUAUAAUAUUACAUUAAAUUGCCUUUUUAUUAUAAUUAUAAAAAAAAAUUUCAUUUUAUAAUAAAAUAUAUUUUAUAUUUCGAAAAGGAAAUAUAAAUAAUGUAUUAUUAUAAUCGAAUAACUAAAUUUCUAAUUUAAUUUAAUUUUAACAACAAAAAAAAAUUACAGUAAUUUAAUUGUAAUUUUAAACUCAUUUUUAAUUUCUAUAUUUAUUUAAAAAUUGAAAAAUUAAUUUAUGUUGACUGAUUUAGGUUUUGGGGAUUUAAAUUUUCUUUCUUUCGGAAAUGGGUUAAUUUUUGAAUUUACAAGGGAUUUUCAGAAUAGUUUUUUUUUUCUUCUUUUUAUUAUAACUAUUUACUAUAAUAUUUAAUUUCUAUUAUAUAAUAUUUUUUGCUUAUAUUCUAUUUUUUCUAUUUUUAUUUUUUCAGUAUUUUUUUUCCUUUUGUAUUUUUUUCAUUUUUCUUCCGUCCUAUGCAAAAGUAUUUUGAUAAAACGAAAAAAAAGCUGCAUGUCGAUUAACGUCUAUUAUUAUAUUAAAAAAAAAAAAUAAAAGAAUCUCACUGCGUUUUUAUUUGUACUUUAUAAUAUAUAUAUAUAGAAAGAGAGAGUAUACUUUGCAAUUGUAUUAAUUUUUAAGUUAAAAAAAAAACAAACAAACAAACAAACAAAAAUUUAUAUAUAGUAUAAAUACAAUAUUUUUUUUUUCCUUGUAUUUUUAAGUUAUAUACUAUAAUGUCGUCUCUGUCGACGAAAUUUUUUUUUUAUACGUCGCGCAUUCCAAAAUACGCCCGUGUACCAUCCAACCACGUCAAUAAAAAAAAAAAAAAAAAAAAAAAAAAAAAAAAUGGAAAAAAAUAUACAAAUACGUAAUUGCGUAUAAUUUAUGAAA